GGUUUAUUACAUCGUGCUGACAUAAUUUUUUGUUGACGGAGUCACAGGAGGGUUGGCAUUGACAUAUGCAAAAAUUGUUAUGCCCACUAGAAGUACUUGAAGUACGAAACUACACUAGACCCCUGCUUUUCAGCUGUUUUUAUAACAUCAACUAUUAACAUUUUUCAGACUUCGUGCAUAUUAUUAUGAACAUGCCUGUUGAUGAUGAAGCUCAUACCAUGUCUGAGCGUGAAUUUUAUGAGCUCAAACAAGAAGCAGCAAAAUAUUAUACAAAAAAUAAAGUACCUGAAAAGUUGGAAGAAAUUUUAAAUUCCAUGUUUUAUGAAAAACCAGAUGAUGUUUAUGGAAGAUUGUCAAAGUAUUUCGAAACCAUGUCAUUACCUUCUCAAAUUUGUAAAAUAAAAUCAACAAUUGUGAUGGACAGCACCGGAAGUUCAGCAAUAUCUUGCCAAGUGUUUGGAAUUGUAAGAAAUGAAAGCAAGCUAUUAUCAUCAACAAGCAUGUCAGUUGCACCUGAGUUAUCUCUUCUGCCUGUCCCCCCACCUGAAUCCGAUGAAAAAGAACCAACUAAAGAGAAUAUUGCAUCAUUGUGUUCAACAUUUCUACAAUCUACUCUAUGUGACAAGUUGAAUGGACUUUGUCCCAUGGAUCAAAGAGAAAUUGACUAUGUAUUGAGAAAAUGGAUAGAUGAGGAAGAAGACAAAGCACGACCAGCAGUAAAUGUUGAAGUUGAUGACAACAGAACCCCAACACCGUCCAGUGGUCCUAAAAAGAAGGCCCCAUCUGCGAAAGGCAAGGGAAAGCAACCAGAUAAACCAGUCCCUCCAUAUGAAGCUUUUGAAUUCAGACUGCAGGGUGGUACUGCAGUUGCAACAGCAUCACUAGCAGUUCUUGUAGCAGCUGCAUCUUUUCUUGAAAAACCAGUAUUUGAUCAUAUGCACAAUGUUGUCGAUGCAACCAAACCAAUCACUUUCCCUGUACCAAGUAUGAAUAUUAUUAGUGGUGGGAAAACAUCACUAGGAAAACUCAACAUCACUAAGAAUAUUUUUGUGAUCACAAAGCCAGGAUUGUCAAUGGAAGACAGCGUACAAAAAUUAACUCAAGUAUUUCAUCAAGUUGGGAAAAUUCUUUCAGCUAAGGGGCCGGCCCCACCUAUUGGAAUAACUGGUGGUUAUCAACCAAGCUUUGAAAAAAUUGAGCAACCACUUGAUUUGUUGCAAGAAGCAGGAACUGCACUGGGAUUAAAUGCUGGGCAAGACAUUUUUAUUGGAAUUGAAUGCGCCGCACAUGAAGUUUUUGACUAUAGUAAAGGAAAGUAUGAAAUCAUGGCGGGAUCCCUGAAAUCAGCAGAUGAAUUGGUUGAUUAUUACAAAGAUAUUAUAACAAGAUAUCCAGCUAUUAUUGCACUUGUUGAUCCAUUCAGAAAAGAAGACAGAGAACAAUGGCCAAAAUGCUGUGAAUUGCUAUCAGAAAAAUGUUUUAUAAUAGGCAGUGAUCAUAUUUAUGGAUCAACACAUGCUGUGAAUGCAUCAGCUUUUGAAAUCAGACCUUCCAGUGGUUUAAUGUUCAAUAUGGGAGGUCGUGUCACACUAACUGAUAUAACAGAAACUACAAAAGCUGUUCAUGAGAGAAAAGGAAUCGCAAUAUUUGGAUCCCCUGCUGGAGAUGUUUGUAAUGCUGUGUUUAGUGAUCUGGCCGUGGGUUUAGAUUGUGAUGUUGUGAGAUUUGGAGCACCAUGCCGAGGUGAAAAUAUCGAGCGAAUAAAUAGAUUGAUUGAAAUCGAGAGAUAUGCGAAAGAUAAUGAAAUCAGCUUCAACUAUCAUCCAGCUUUUGUCUUCCCUUCCAUUCGACCUCCUUCACCUCAACUAAAUGAAGAUGACAACGAUCAACAACCACCAAGUAACAUGUCAACAACUGCGUCAGCAGAUACAAAAUCAAAGAAAAAAUAAUUUAUAUAUUUAUUUUUUACCUUUUAUUAUGAAAUCUGCACUUACCAUUCAUAACAAUGACUAUUCGCCCCGUUUCAUUCGGACCAUACAUCGAUUACGAAAAAUAAUAGAUUCAUCAAUAGUUUAUGAUUGGACCGAGUGAGAUCGAUGAUAUCUCCUUUUAACCAAGUUUUUUGCACUUACGAUGUUUUACCCAGUUGUGAUCAAGCAUGAAUGCGAUAUACGAUUUUCAACGCUCUGAUAUUAUGCUUGGCGAACGAUAUAUUUAAACACAUUCUUGGCUAUUUAUGUUAUGAAAAUUUUGAAAAGCGGAAAUAUAAAUUUAACUUUUUCUAUAAGUUGUAUAUCGA